AUUCAAUUUUGAAGUCAAGUUAAUAUUAUUCCUAAAAUUUAGGAGAUUUGAUCAUAUAAAAAUGUCAACGUUUGUUGAAGAAAUAAAAAAAUAGAGAUAACAAGAAAAUAAGCCCACUGCGAAAUUCAAAAUAGACAGGAGGAUGUGAUAUCCAAUGAGUUAAACUUGGCAAGUAUGCUACUUCAUCAUGUCCAUAAUCUUUCGCAGGCUUGUUGGUGUGCCCAACAUUCAUAAUGUUCGCUUGUCAUGUACUGUGUUUGACGGCAAAGAGGCUUCAAAGUCUAUACUUGACUCAUUGAAGUUAAGGGUUCAAGAAUGGGUUUCGGUGGGCAACCGGCCACCGCAGUUGUCCGUCGUGCUGGUCGGUGAUGAUCCUGCCAGCCUUGCAUAUAUUAGAAUUAAGACGAGGGUUGCAAAGGAAGUUGGUAUAGGAAGCAAUAUUAUAAAACUAAGCACUGAGACGAACCAGAAUGAUUUAAUAAAUAUCAUUGAAGUCCUCAAUAAAGACAGAAAUGUUGAUGGAAUAUUAGUUCAGCUUCCUCUGCCUUCACAUUUAAACCAACACAUUAUAAAUAAUUCUAUAAAUCCUACAAAGGAUGUUGAUGGCUUUACACAGGUUAAUAUGGGUCGGCUUUGUAUGAACUCGGCCUUGUUUGUACCCUGUACAGCAAUGGCCGUUGUCAAAAUAAUAGAGCAAAUUGGCAUUGAAACAAAAGGAAAGCAUGCUUUAGUUUGUAGUAGAUCAAAACAUGUUGGUUUACCUAUCGUAUUAAUGCUCCAUUCAUCAAGAUUUGCUGAGGGCAUGGAAGGUUUAAACAUGACCACUACUUUAUGCCAUAGGCAUACACCAAAAGAACAGCUUAAAAGUAUAGCUCAAAAAGCAGAUUUUAUCAUCUCAGCCACUGGAUUACCAAGAAUGUUUACUAGUGACAUGAUAAAAGAAGAAGCAGUUGUGAUUGAUGUCGGUAUGACAAGAAAAUGUGAAGAUAGCAAAGUAACAUUCGUUGGAGAUGUGGAUUUUGAUGAUGUGAAACAAAAGGCUAGUUUCAUUACACCAGUUCCUGGAGGUGUUGGCCCGAUGACAGUUUCUUUCCUCAUGGAAAAUACACUGAAAGCUGCCAAAGUUAAUUCAGAUUGUAAAAACUGAACAUUACCCUGCUCUUUAUACAGUUUGCCAGUAUUUUGAAUAGUAUUUUAAUUUUGUUUUAAUGACAAAGGAAAUGAAUUUGUA